AUGAGUGACACAUCAAAGGACCUGCCAUUUGCUGAAUUCAAAGGUGACAGUGAUUCUGAACACAGACUCAGUGGGUGCAGACUGACAGAGGAAAGCUGUGAUCUUCUAUCCAGAGCUCUGAGCUCAGAAGCCUCGUGUGUGAAGGAGCUGAACCUGAGUGAAAAUCCGUUGAAAGAUGCAGGAGUCAAGUUUAUCUCUAAAGGACUGCAGAAUCCUCAUUGUAAACUAGAGAUACUGAGGUUGAAGAAUUGUGAAAUCACAGAUCAAGGUUGUGCUCAUCUGACUUCAGUUCUCAAAUCAAACUCCUCACAACUGAGAGAACUGGAUCUAUCUGAGAAUAAACUAGGAGAUUCAGGAUUGAGGCUGCUUUGUGAUGCUCUACAGAGACAUCAUUGUAAACUAGAAAAUCUGACGUUGAAUGAUUGUGGGGUCACAGAUAAAGGUUGUGCUGCUCUGGCUUCAGUUAUGAAAUCAAACCUCUCACAACUGAAAUAUCUGGAUCUGUCUGAGAAUCAAUUAGGACAAACCCAAGUGACAUUUCUCUCUGAUGGAUUGAAGAAUCCUCACUGCAAACUGGAGAAUCUGAGGCUGAGAUUCUGUGGCCUUUUAACAGAUGAAAGUUGUGAUGUUCUAGCUUCAGCUCUAAAUUCAAACCCACACCUAAAAAUGCUGGAUCUGACAGGAAAUAAACUUGGAGACUCCAAAAUUGAGUUGUUUUUAGCUAUACUCAAAAAUCCUCAUUCCAAACUGGAAAGUCUGUGGCUAAUUGAUUGUGGUCUCACAGACCAAGAUUGUGCUGAUCUUACUUUAGCUCUGAGUUCAGACAACUCAUGUUUGAGAGAGCUGAAUUUGUCGAAAAAUACUUUUGGAGACUCAGGAAUUAAACACCUCUCUAACGUUAAGAAUCCUCAUUCUAAACUGGAAUCACUUUGGCUUAUUGAUUGUGAUAUCACAGAUGAAGGUUGUUCUGCUCUGGCUUCAGCUUUGACAUCAAACCUCUCACAUUUGAAAAUCUUGUAUAUGUGUGACAAAAAAUUAGGAAAUGCAGGAGUGGAGCAUCUCUCUGUUGCUCUGAAGAAUCCUGUCUGUGAACUGGAGACACUGGGUAUACACAAAUGGACUGCAGUCUGA